AACACCAAACUCAGUGUCACUGGCCUCAAACGGGCUGGUCUUCACCUGUUUCCUCCUUGGCCUUGGCUUCAGCACAACUAGCAGGACUAGAAUUAGGGCCUUUUAAAAAGUCUCCAUUUUAAUGUAAUUUGCUCACACGUGGUACAAAUAUGUUCCACUUCCACCGCCAGACGUCUCAGCAAAAAAUGGACAUUGCUUCUGAUUUGCUGUCCCAGGCACUGGGGCAUGGCCGUCAAUGUGUAUUCCACAUCCGUGACCAGCGAGAACCUGAGUCGCCAUGACAUGCUGGCCUGGGUCAACGACUCCCUGCACCUCAACUACACCAAGAUCGAACAGCUCUGCUCAGGUGCUGCCUACUGCCAGUUCAUGGACAUGCUGUUCCCGGGCUGCGUGCACCUGCGCAAGGUGAAGUUCCAGGCCAAGCUGGAGCACGAAUUCAUCCACAACUUCAAGGUGCUCCAGGCUGCCUUCAAGAAGAUGGGGGUGGACAAGGUGGGUCCCUGCCCCCCAUCCACCCUGGGGGUCGGCCCCCGGGGGACCCGGCCGGCUGGACUGGCCUGAGGGCCUGGACUGCUCACCCUCUGCCCCAGUCACUUGGGGGCCAUACGGCUUGGCGGGGGGGCUGGGCCCCCUC